GCCACGAAUAGCCAGGCAGGGUGACUCUCCAAGUUUGGCCAUUGAGGGGUGAGAUUUGGCCAUCUGGAUGGCUUAGCUAACAUGAUGGAGAGGCUAUUGAAGGGCAUUUUUUCUUUAUACUUGUUAAAAUUUAACUUGGCUAGCCAUUUGGCCAUUCUUAGAUCGGGGUCUCGGGUCUGGCCCGAUCCGCGGCUAACCUCGAGCCGCAUUCUCAAACCCUAUAGUUGGGGCCCACGACCAUGUCCUUCUAUUAGUUCCCUCGUUAAAAGGUGCUUUAUUGUUUUGACGGUGAAAUGGGUACACCCAUUCCCAUUUCGUCGACAGUUCGUAUUAAAAAGUCAAAAAAAAUUGAAAAAUACAUCAUGUAUAAAAAAAUUUUAUACACAUAUGAAAAGUUUGUGUUUGCACGUAUAUAUCCCGUACGCAUAAAAAAACCAAUAAAAAGGGAAGGAAAAAACAAAAAAAAAUACCGAAUAAAAAAAAGGCCCACGCGCGGCCCUCGUCUCGGCGAAUUAGCAAUUUUGCACAAAAGAUGAAGUGAACGGAGCGAUGUUUAAUGGGCCGGGCCCGUGCUGUGGUAGGCUGGACCUCUCAACUAAAGAAAAAGGAUAUUAUAAAAAGAGAGAGAGUGUGUUCCUCUUCUCUUAGCCCCAAAUUUGCGAUCCAAUCCCCUCCUCCUUGGUCAUGUCUUCGUCGUUGAUUCCCCCUCCACUUGCCGAUUCCGACGGCGCCUCCCCGCCGCCGCACUGGGUUCUCAUCGACAUAUGGUGCUACAUCGGCGACCUCCCCAACGCCACCACCGCCGAGUCCACAACCAGCACAGGCCUCCCCAUCAAGGUCACCUUCCGCACCGCACGCCCGCCGCUCCUCUCCCACCUCUGCGUCCACUGCCCGGGCCUCGACUUCCUCCGCGCCACGCCCAAGGUCAUCGCCUCCCACGCCGACCUCCUCCUCCUCGUCGUCCCCUUCGAUCCCCUCACCGCCCUCUCCAGCGGGACAUGGGAUUACUUCGUCUACCGCGCGGCCGACCCUCCUCUGCUCCACCUCAUCCCGCCCCCGCCGCGCUCCAUGCGCUUCAACGACUCCGAGGUCGCCAUCGUCAGCCACGGCGACGGCGAGUACGCCGUCGCCGCCCUCGCCUUCGCCGGCACUUUCCUCUCCGUAAACAAGGAUUUCCACCUCCACCUCUACCAUGGCGGCAAGCAGCAGCAGGGUGAGUGGGUCUCCAAGCUCUUGACGCUGGAGGAUCAGCUGAGAGACAAGCUUGUGCCUUUGCCCAAAGCGGCUGCGGAGUACAGGUUUUACCAGGAGACAAGGAAGACGAUCGUGAUUGGCGGCGAGCGCGGUACGGUCGGCUGGGUAGACCUCUGGCGUGGCAUCAUCUUCUGCGACGUGCUCGACGACCACCCCGUGCUCCGCGACAUGCCCCUGCCCCUGCCAGCGAGCGGCAACUGGGAUCGCCUCCUCAAGCAGACUGACCCCAACUACAUCCGUGAUGUCACCGUCAGUCUUUGCAGAGACUCCAUCAAGUACAUAGAGCUGGAGAUCGUUGGGACAGGAGAGACCCACACCACUGUCCAGCCAACUGAAUCUUACCAGGAAUGGGUUCGGCGAAAGCCAAGGUACACCAGCUCAGUUGUUCUCCGUCGUGGCUGGAAGGCCACCAUUUGAACCAUGCCAAUUCCGGUGGCUUCAUGGGAGCACUGGCGCCGUGAUUGUCACCUCAAUGUCAAAGACCUCAGCAUCAAUGUCCGUGACCCAAGCCACCUGAAGCUGCUGUCUAAGCUGAGUGGAUGUGGCCACAGCAAAGCUGCAUUGCGGAGCGUAGCAAUGGUAUUCCCCACCAUAAGCAUGGAUGAUGAUCAUGUCUACUUCUUUUCCAUAGCCGGAAGCACGGACAAAUUGGAGGCCGUGGUUACUGUUGAUGUAAGGAAUAAGAAGAUACAAGGAGUUGCUGAGCUUGAUGUCCGAAAAUACUAUUUCGGUAUGCCCACCUACAUCGCCAGUGAGAUGUCCACAUAUCUGAAGAAAGUCACUACAGGCACAGGAGAGGUGGCACAUGGACAAACUGAAAGUGCAGCAGUUGAAGUGAGGCGCAUGUGAAAGGCGUGGGGGCCCAUAUAAAGAAGAAGAAACAUUGGAAGAAAGAGCAUCAGUGUACAGAUGGAUAGAUGGAAGCCAGUUGGUGUUGAGAUUCAGGAUGCUGGUAACAUUGUUGGUGGCGGUUUAGGAGUUCAUUUGUCGUUUGCAGUAUGGAAACUGGCUUGGGGUUUAUCUGCGCCUAGAGAGAUAAUUGUAGGAUACGAUUUAUUGUGUACUAGUGAACUUUUACUGCAAGCUGAAGCCAUUUUAUAGAAAUGGGGAGCUAGUAGUGAUAAUUUGGCAAGCAGUUACCAUGGUCUUUUAAGGACGAAGCAGCCUAAGUUCUGAUGUACGCUAUAUUUACUAUUCGUAUUCAACAACAUCGUACCACUGCUUUAUUUCGCCCUCCCUUGUAUGCAUCAUCUUUACUACUGGUAAAAAAAAAUAUGGGCUCCGAGACCAAACCAGCUUUGUCAUUACCA